CCAACAGCGUCGGCACGUACCCACGAUUGAGCAGCGAGUUUAGUUUAGGAACGACCAAAAUACAACACAGUGACAUUAUUUUAGUCAAGACGACACAAAUAGUGGAAACAAUUAGUUAGUUUCCGUAUUUCGGGAUCAUCAGUGGCUAGAUCCAGAGUAGUUUAACGUAAGCAAAUGUGAUUAAAUUUCUGCAAUGAUUUGGACGAUAUUAGCCAUAACAACUCUGACGGUUGUUAGUGUAAAAGUGUUCCAAAGACUUACAUGCGGCGUGUGUCAAUCCAGUGCGCGUUUGGACGGCCAAGUUGUGAUAUUGACUGGAGGUACGAGUGGCACUGGAUUGGAGACAGCGCGAGGUCUGGCCCAGCGAGGUGCCAGGGUCAUCAUCACAAGCAACAGUACUCGCCGUGGAGCUGCUGCCGUCGAAGAAAUCAUACAAACCACCGGAAACACAAACGUCUGUAGCCGACUCCUAGACUUAUCCUCCUUACAAUCCGUAAGACAGUUCAGCCAUAUCAUUACGAAAACAGAGGAACGCCUCGACAUACUUAUCAACAAUGCCAGCGCAUUCGGCCUUGGCAAUCACGUCACUAAAGACGGACUGCAAGUCGGCAUGCAGGUCAACUACUUCGGACCUUUUCUCUUGACCUGCCUUCUGUUGCCACUCUUGAAAUCUUCAUCGCCCAGCCGGAUUAUAAACGUGUCAUCUAUCAAACACAACUAUGCUGUGGUGGAUUUUGACAAUCUCAACAUGGAGCGAUAUUGGAGCGACAUAUUGACUUACGCGAACAGUAAACUAUAUUUAAUAAUGAUGACUGUAGAAUUAAGUCGUAGAUUAACAGAUACUGGUGUAACAGUGAACGCUUUGCAUCCGGGGGUCUCUUCAAGUACUAUUUUAAAAAAUAUACCUAGUGAUGCCGUAAGAAGAGUGAUGGAAAAAAGUGUAGGGUUUAUGUAUCAGAAUGCCAAGGAAGCAUCUCAAACGACUUUGCAUUUGGCGGUGACCCCUGAGUUAGAAACCGUGAGUGGUCAGUACUUCAGCAAUUGUCGUAAAGCGAAAUCUUCCAAGGUGUCACAAGACCCGUUGUUAACUAAAAGGUUAUGGGAAGAAACUGAAAGAUUAGUAGGUUUUUCAUUGCCUGACUGUAAUAAAUUGUAAUUUUGUAUUAACAAAAACGUAAAAUACAUAUCUUGCAAGAAAUCCCAUCCCUAUGUAAUAUUAUCGUUUUCCCUAUUUCCUUCCUGUAUUUGGAGAACGACUAAUUUGGCGAUUUUUAUCCUGUAUUUUUUUUAUACCACCGACGGGUGGCAAACAAGCAUACGACCCGCCUGAUGGUAAGCAGUCACCGUAGCCUAUGGACUCCUGCAAAACCAGAGAUAUUACAUGCGCGUUGCCGACCCUUUAAAAACCUGUAUUAUAUUUAAGUUAAAAAUACACAGACUGUAGGUACUGAAGCUGUUCAGCGCACCGGCCCUCAUUUUAUUAUUCGUUCAUUUGCAGUUAUUAGAUCCAAAUAAAAACAAAAGAAAAAUGAUUUAUUCUGAAAAGCACACACAACAGGGUUUUUCUAUCUCGAUCGUAAAGUUUACCGGAAUGCAAGGGCUAAAUUAAGCACUAUCCCAACGAAGUCCCGUAAAAAAAAAACAUCUUUUUAUUGUUACUUAGUGCAAAACGACUUUUUGAUGGCGAUGUUACACCACUAUUGGGACCUAGUCCAAAUAUCCUAUGAUGUCAAAAAGUGACAAGUUAAUACACUUUGCAAAACCUUACAAAAAAAAUUGUACCUAAAAUUCUUUUUGACUGACAGUUUUACAAAUAGCAUUUACAUUUUAUGUACAAAUACAUACAAAAAAUCGGAAAAAAACAACUUUUUUUUUCGUGAAAUUGACCUAAACUCGUAAAACAUAUUUUUUUGCUUUUAAUAUUUUGACCUCGGAAAUGCGUGGUUAAAAUCUCUUGGGUUCCUCGUGGCCACCUUGUCUAUAAUUUCCUAUGCAAAUGCAGGCCAAUGGCCUGCUUGUGUAGUUUCUCAUUUUGGUUCGGUCUGUUGUCCUCAUAAGAAUGAAUAAAAUUCUACUACAUACUUACCUAAUAGUAGGUUGGCAAAUCAAGUUUUAGCUUACAUUCAUAUUGUCAUAUGGUACCAAUGCAUUCAGUUUGAUGUCCUGAACACAAAUAAUUAUAUGAGAUGACAAGCGUGAAAAUGGUAGGGGUGGGGAGACGUCGUAAAGUCUGCAGUACAAAUAAAUAAAUAAUAUAAAUAAAUAAAUAAAUAUGAGGUAUAUCUAGGUCUGUAAUUAGAUUAUAUAGCUCCAGUUUAAAAAACAAACGAAAUAGAGCAAAAACAAGUUAAGUAGAAAAACUUAAAUUCGCUGUGUAUAUCAGUAUUACAUAAGUGUCAUUGUAUGUGCAAAGUUUCAUUACAAUCCAACGCGUAGUUAAGUGAAAAUAUCAUAGUAGGAAUACUAAUUAAUUAAAAAAGCACAGUAAAAUGAAGAAGGUCCGUGUACAUUGCUACCAUCAGACCUGCACCAUCAUGAGGUCAUGCUUGUUUGCCACCAUGAUGGAAUAAAAUAGUUCUUGCUAAUUCGCGAAGGCCGAAGUCCCAAGAGAGCGAUCUGAAUGAACCCAAAUCCCCAAUCACUGCGUCAGAAUGAACAAUCAGGCUGAUCGCUUUAAGGUGGAAAUACUUAACUAUUCUAGCAUAUGUGGUUACAGUUAAUUGUAUACAAUACUAGGUAGCUAAAAAUAUAAUUAUCCAUUUUGUAUAAUUUUUAGGGUUUCAUAGCUGUUGUUUCAUGUCCGUCUGUUUCACAGACACUUGAAAUGACCUGUGGUCUACUGUGGUCUAUCUGUAGAAGAGCCCGUCUAAGCUAACUUUAAAUGAUCUGUGGUCUACUGGUCUAUCUGUAGCAGAGCCCGUCUAAGCUAAAUUUAAAUGAUCUGUGGUCUACCUGUAGAAGAGCCCGUCUAAGCUAACUUUAAAUGAUCUGUUGUCUACUGGUCUAUCUGUAGAAGAGCCCGUCUAAGCUAACUUUAAAUGAUCUGUGUUCUACUGGUCUAUCUGUAGAAGAGCCCGUCCAAGCUAACUUAGCACCGACUUGAACAGAACGAACUGAAGGAGUGUCAUUAUAAACGACAUAAUAUUCUCAUAGAAAUUUGACAUUACCACACUUUGUGCAAAUGCCAUUCGACAGUUUCAGUUAUAUUAUUUUACUCUGAAACUAUAAGGUACCUAUUAUAUUAACGAUUUUGCUAUUCAGUAUAAUACUAUUAUGUAAGCCAUUGCAUAUUUCUAGUUAGAAUAUAAAUGUUCAAAACAAUAAUAAAUAAAUAAGCGAUCCUUUUUAAUCUUCAAAAGUUUAGUGCCUGUUUUUAUUAAAUAGCAAUUGUGUUGCUAUAACAUUAUAAUCGUAUGGCACAGGUACUCAUGACAAUAUUACUAGGACGGAUUAUCUACAACUAUUAUCGCAAUCAUACCGGGGCGAAUAGUUUACUUAUGAAUAUUUAAUAUAUUAAUCAAGGCCUCGGACAAAGCAGGCAUGAUUGAUAUUAUAUAAAGCACAACUGUGCGUGAUUAGAUAAUCUGUGCAGGUGUACAUAGUUUGAUAAUUUUGUUAACAUAAACAGGUAUAAUGAUUAAACUUUACUAGAAAAAGGUUUAAGAUGGUCAUGUUAUCGCUAAUAGGUGUAUAAAUUUAUCGAUAGGCUAGGCACUAAGUAUACUUUGAUUCUCUAAAAUAUAUUUAAGUAUGUUGGUAAGUAAUUUAAUACUUAAUCAAUGAUCUAUAAUGAUUCACACGCAAGCUAAAAUUUCCUACUAGUAUAAAUAUACUAGUAACACUUAAUAAAUGUUGUCAAAGUGUAACAUUAAGUGACAAAAAUGAUCUGCACGACUUUAUUGCUAAGGCCGCGUCUCUACCAUCUCCA